AUGCUUUUUGCUGCCUUUCUAUUUUCUCUGUUGGAAUGGUGGCCUCAUUGCUGCUUUGGUGAAAAUCAAGCAAAAAUCGUCGAUGUACGCAGUAGAACGCUUAGCCGAGGUAAUGAUACUGGAGUGUCUGGAGUGGCUUAUGCCAAUUUUAUGUCUCACACCUUUUCGUAUCUGAACAUCACUGGUAUUGCUUCGAAUUACGUUAUGAAUGGUGGCGAGUGUGGAUUUGCUUGUGUCAACACACCGUCGUGUUUCUCCUUCAACCUGGUUUUAAUUCAAGAUAUAGUCGGUAAAGUGCUGUGUGAGUUACUUCCAUCGGACAUGUACAACAACUCAGACAAGUUUGUAUACAGCUCGAGUCGCCAUCACUAUAGUAUCAGGUCUCCUUGUAUCAGUUCGCCUUGCCAAAACAAUGGAAAGUGCGCCGCACUAUACGAGAGGAACAACUACACGUGUGAUUGCGUGAAUGGCUACACAGGGAAACAUUGUGAAACUGUCGUUUCGAUUUGGAAAAUCGCUGGAUGGACUCUUAUCGCUCGAUUUUCAAAUGACGACACCAAGAACUGGAUGGCUGAUAGCGGCUAUUGGUGGUACGACAAGCAAGUUGCCAUGGGGACAACAAGUAGUACUACUGAAAACGCCGACAUGAUCUCACCCACCUUUUGGUUGACUAGCGGAAAUGAGCUUAAAAUCACGCGCAGUGAUGACACCAAUCACAUUCCCCUGUUACAGACCACAGGUAACUGUUUGACCGGACAAACAUUCCGAUCUAAACUCAAGAGUUAUGGAAACUUUAGAAACGGCACAGUUUGGGCCAGUGACCAGUGUUUAGGAAACUGUACGGUUAUAUAUGGCGGACAAUAUAUGUCAACAGACGGGUUUCAACAAGCUGAGUGCAACGGAACCAUCCAAAGUCCCAACAAGAUUGGCUUUUGGUGUGAUUGGAGCUCUGGUGAUGGAGCAGUGAUGAUGAUUGGUGGAGGAGGAAGUAAAUGUGAUCGUGCAGAUCACGGGAUUGGAAUUACAGAGGCUAACGCUGCUUCGUUUGUAGAUGGGGGCACAGAUGAAUUUGACUUUGGUUAUGACGCUAAUACAGGAAAAACUGCAUCCCAGUCCUAUGCGCUGAACUUGUGGAUUCGUUGAGUUGAUGA